CAUUGGGUCGGUAUCCCAAUUAAUGUUCCAACUUCCAGAUAGGGAGAUAUCAUCCAAAUUGCCGCCCCUUUUUUCUUCUCUCUUCUCUCUAAAAUCUCACAUUCUCUCUCUGUCUCUCUGUCCAAAUCUUCGAGUCUUACCAGAUUCAAAAAAGCUUCUCUACUUUUUGCUCGCCAUGUCCGUGCGCAGACGAACUUUGCUUAAGGUCAUCGUCCUCGGCGACAGUGGGGUUGGUAAGACGUCAUUGAUGAAUCAAUAUGUACAUAAGAAGUUCAGUCAGCAAUAUAAAGCUACAAUUGGGGCUGAUUUUGUCACCAAAGAACUACAAAUUGAUGACAGGCUUGUCACUCUACAAAUAUGGGACACAGCUGGGCAGGAGAGGUUUCAGAGUCUCGGUGUUGCCUUUUAUAGAGGGGCAGAUUGCUGUGUUCUUGUAUACGAUGUUAAUGUCAUGAAAUCAUUUGAUACUCUUAACAACUGGCAUGAAGAAUUUCUCAAACAGGCAAAUCCACCUGAUCGUAAGAUUUUUCCAUUUAUGUUACUUGGAAAUAAGAUUGAUAUAGAUGGUGGAAGUAGCCGAGUGGUUUCUGAGAAGAAAGCGAGAGAAUGGUGUGCUUCAAAAGGGAACAUUCCUUACUUUGAGACAUCUGCAAAAGAGGAUAUCAAUGUUGAUGCUGCUUUCCUGUCAAUUACCAAAACUGCUCUAGUCAAUGAGCAUGAGCAGGAUAUGUAAGUUCACUUUGCGGACUUGGCACAAAUAUUUAAAUUUCUAUGCAUUGAUCUUUUUUUUUUGGGAUAAGUACACUACUUGUUGAUUGAUGGUUGGAAAAUAUGGAACGUGUUUUGGAAAAAAUAUCGAUGUUGUAUACUGGAAAUUGUUAUGCUUUUGCAGGGGAUAGGUAUUCCUCCAUUGUGUAAAAUAUAGAUAAAUACUUCCAUUUGGAUCUUGCAUUAAGUCAUAAAGCUGUCUAAAAGGCUUGUUAAGGGAUGCAUAUUAUCCCUGAAUUUAUUUAUCUUAUCAAUAUUAUAUUAUUAUUUUCAAAAAUAUGUUACAGAAUAGUAUUCACUCAUAUGGUCAAGAUAGUUUGAAGUUUUCUAUUACCCUUGCUCAUGAGUUGCAGUUCCUAUUAUUCCUAUCAAUUUUACAAUUAGGUAUCAUUUUUCCAAAAGAUUAGGAUAAUCGUAGGUUACAAUUUUGACGAAUAAAGUGCAGAUAUCUUUUUCAACAAAGUGUGUCAUUUCUUGAGGUAAUUAAUUCUUAAAGUUUGACGGACUCUUUAAGCAUAAAAUCAUAUCAUACAUGUCUUUCUGAUAUGGAUGUAGUCUGUUACUUCUCUAGUCCUCAAAAAUUUUUAUGCCCACAUGUAUUAUGGUGCUGUCUGCUUAAGUUAUCAUGCUUCAAUGGUAAAUGACCAUUUUUUAACAUACUAUAUGAAUUUUAAUCUUAUCUAUAUAGCUAUCUUUGAAGGUGACAAUAGUGAUUACGAUGUUGGAACAAAUUAUAAAGGAGACACAUGAUUUAGGGUUUCAGGAAAGUUGAGAUAUUGGGAAAUCUUCCUGUCCAAAAUUUGACAAUUCCUGUCAAAAUAAAUAAAAAAAUACAAAAAAUACUUGCCAUAACCUUGGAUAUGGGGUGAAAAUAAAUGACCCUAAAUUCGAGAGUUAAACACUGCCGCUUCUCUUAUCAUGACCGUGUCAGCACACCACACUAAAACUCACUGACUAGAACUCCCACCACACAGACCUUCAACAUUCAAUUGCUAAUGAACCUUGCAUGACAUUGCAAUUGUCACAAUUAUGUGCACAGGCAUAGAUUAUGCACAUUGACAUGCAUGAUAAAGGCAUUUUAUCAAAAUUCUUUGUAGUCUGGUAUCUUAGAGGAUUGUAUGUGGUCAUUGAAUUUCCCUACUGUUAUGUGUCAUUUAACAUAAAAGUGGAUUGUCCACAAUCUUUUGCUUCUAGUCUUCCUUGCAAUAUUAGUUGGGACUGGGAGAAGAACCUAACUAUGAGGGCUAUGCAAUUUUAGUAUCGUUCUUAUGUCUGAGUAGCUUUUAUUUAUUUAUUUAUUUUUUAAAGAAGCUGAUAUCUUUUUAAGGUUGUUUAUCUUUUACUAGUUAUCCUACUUUUAUUUUUUAUUUUUUAUUUUUUUUAUCACAUGGUAUACAUUAGUAUUCAAUAGGGGUUGGCUAUUAGUAGGGGAAGGGGGCAACUCAAAGGGUAUCAAACUCCUUUCUAUAGGAUUUGAACAUGCAACCUCACACCACUAGGCCAAAGGCCCUGGUUUACUUUUGAUGUAGUUCAAGUUUUGUAUGUUUUGUUAUUUGGUUGUGGGUAUUAAUUUUAGCCAUUUUGUCAUUUAAAAAAAAAUAAAAAUAGAUGGUAUUGUAAUUGAACUAUAUUAUGCUUGUUUUGAUGUUUACAUUUGCAAUGUUCUUAUGGUAUAUCGACCAGUCUUCUUUGUUGAACAAUAUUAAUUUGCUUGUAAAAUAUUUGGAAGGACUUUCUUAGUAUUUGUGUAGGUUUACUGGUUUGGUGUUUCUCAUUUUUACUACAAUACAUAUUAUGUCCUAAAAAUAAAAUUAUAUAGUGAAAAGCCAUUUCCAAGCCAUUCCUUUAUGCCUUGAGGCAUUCGGUUUAGCUUUCACACAAGGCUUUUGUGUUAAAAAACACUACAAUGGUUUACAACAUAUUCUUCUUUUAUUCUUCCUUCUCGUUUUUUCCUCUGUGAUUUCUGCAUUGUUGGUUGUUCUUGGCUAAUUCCCUCAUAUAGAGUUUACCAUGUCAAAUCAAUCUACAAAUGUUAUGCCAUGCCACUCAACCAUAAGUUUUAUAAUAUGAAGGAAGAAAAGAGACAGAUUUAAUUGAGCAACCAAAAAUAAGCAGGCAUGAAACUGCUAAGAAAUAAUUAUGGGAAAUGUUUGAUGUGGUAAGUUAUGUAGAAAAGGGUGGGGACAUCAUGAUUCAUCUGCUUCGCAUCUGAGGUCAUCUGUACUCAUUUCUUAUGGUUGUCAUCUGUAUGGAGUACCUUGUGGUAGCCAUGCAAUUCAUUAUGAUGAAAGAAUGGUUUUUAUUGUAAUAUGUUUUUACGAUCGUAAUAAAUAGAAUAGCCGUAGUAUUGGUUGACAAAUUUUUGGUGCUGAUAUAAAUUAGAUAGUUGCAGUGGUGAUGCUUGUUAUGUAAUAGAGAUUAGAUGCCAUAGCAGGAUAAAUCCAGUCGAUAAUGAUGGACAAUUAUGACAACUACCUCAGAGGAGUUUGAGGUAGUAAUAUAAUGCCCAUGGUCAAGGG